AUGCCUUCAACCCACGCCUUAGAGAGCCUCUCCAAUGCCCUGGCUACACCGGCUCAGCUGUCGAGCUCCUCGUCUUCGCUUGAUGGCAUUCCGCCGGAUUUAGAAUCUUCGAUUCGGUUUGCAGGUGCCCUGCUAACACAGGCCGCUGGUGUUCUGCUGCGCCUGCCCCAAGAUGUGAUUGCUCAAGCCAUUGUGAUUUUUACGCGCUUUUGGAUUGGCGCUGACGGGGGGAGCUUUGCCAUUCACUCGGCAAAGGACGUAUCUGCAGCCUCCAUUUACCUGAUCGCUAAGCUGUCUUUUCACCCUACGUCGCCUCGCUCAGUCCUCAAUACAUACACCUACUUGCUAUCGAAAGAAGCGUCACCUUUGUGGUUUGUGAAUUCUUCUGGUGCCUCCGACAAACCCAACCCAGAGACAUAUUACCUAUCCGAGGGAGGUUACCAAGCUCAGCGCUUAGUGCUUCUUAAAACCGAAACGAUAAUUCUGCGCGCACUGGGUUUCAACACACACGUUGUGAUUCCUCAUACAAUUGCCCUUACCUAUUUGCAAACCAUGAAUUCGGCAUCGAGCGCUCUCGGCAAACGAGUCUUUGAGCAUCUUAACGCGUCCCUCCUAUCGCCACAGCUCCUUUACGUGACACAUCAACCGAAUGCCUUGGCUGUUGCCGCUAUAUACAUUGCUGCUCGAGAAGUCGGCGUAAAGCUACCAGAGGAAGAAUGGUGGGAGGUAUUCGAUGUGGACCGCGAGGAGCUGGGCUUUUUGGUGGUUGCCAUGAACAGUAUCGAGGGGUUCGCAAAUUCAGAGAAGGAAGCCUGGGCAGGCAAGCGCAUACCAUUACUUGUGGAGGAGGUUGAGAAGGAACUCCGGCAGAGGCAGACCCAAGAAGGUGAAUGA